GGGGAGAGAGAGAGAGAGAGAGAGAGAGAGAGAGAGGUGGGAUGUUGUCACCCUAAUCAUGGCUCUCCUCCUCUCGUCGUACCUUCCGGCCCCCGAUAGCAUCUCGCCUCCCGUCUCUCUCGCCGUCGCCGCGUAGCUUCGGAUCUCGCAUCCGCUUCGAUCCCACGCAUAAUCGCUGCCAUCGACGCCGCCGCAUCCAUCGCCGCUGCUGUUGCCGCCGCCGCAUCCAUCGCUGCUGCUGUCGCCACCGCCAGGCCCUAGCUAUCGAGGUUUAUUAAUUUAGAUGGAAAAAAAACAUAUUGACGAUGGGCUUAGUACUUCAAUCAAAGUGAGUAAUGUAUCAGAUGCAAAACAUAAGGAAAAAAAAUCUUGUUCUGAUGCUGAGAGUAGUUCAGAGUGUGAAAAACAAAAGAAAAUUGAGGAACUUACUAUUUCCCAGACUAAUGAUACAUUUAUUUAUAGACAAGAUGUCAUCAAAUCAAGUAAGCAUGAAGAUUUUCUUGGAAUUGUUGUAGAAGUGGCAGGUGAUUCAGACUCAGAGGAUAGCAUCUCAGAUGAUGAUGACAGUGAAAUGGAUGAGGAAAAGGUUGAUGCAGGCAUUGGUGGAGGCGACAAUGAUAAUGAUAAUACUAACAAUGAUGGUGAUAACAUCAAUUAUCUUCCAAAUGGACAAGUUAGAAUAACUUGGUGUGAUGGUUCUGAAACAACAGAAAAUACUAGUGAUAUUGUGGUAGUAGACAGAAGUUUUCUGCAUGGUGAUAUUGUUACUUCAGUCAUUGAUCCAACAGGACAAUUAGGGCUCGUUGUUAACAUCAAUAUCACAGUUGAGUUACUUUCUGCAGAUGGUGAGGUGAUAAAAAAUGUUAACUCCAGAGAUCUAAAACGUAUAAGGGAAUUCAGCGCUGGUGAUUUCGUUGUUCUUGGACCUUGGCUUGGCAGAGUUGAUGAGGUGUUAGAUAAUGUGACUGUUCUGUUUGAUGAUGGAUCUGUAUGCAAAGUAGUUAAAGCUGACCCUUUGCGACUGAAUCCUGUUCUGAAGCCAGUUGUUGACAAUGCAGAUUGUCCAUACUAUCCAGGCCAAAGGGUUCGUGCUGUUUCUUCCGCUGUUUUCAAAACUUCUAGAUGGCUUUCUGGCUUGUGGAGAUCUAACCUUCUUGAAGGCACAGUCAUCAAAGUUCAAACAGGCUCAGUGGUUGUCUAUUGGAUGGCUUCAGCUUAUCUCGGUGUUGGUACUAGUUCAACUUCCGCACCUGCCGACGAGCAGAAUCCUAAGAACUUGACUCUGUUGUCUUUUUACGCACACACAAACUGGCAAUUAGCAGAUUGGUGUCUCCUGCCAUCUUACCAGCAAUUAUCAUCUUCUGCUGAUAGCAUUCGAAUAAACAGUAAAAUGAAAGAAGCUGUGAGUGAUUCUAUUUCUCAUGUUGAGGAAAAUCAAUUGAGCUCUUGCAUAUUGGAUGAAGUAUCUCCAACUGGCACCGAACUCGAGGCAACGGAUGACUGUUUUCUGGUCCACUCUAGCCAUUGCAUAAACUCUGAUAUCCCUGAUUCUCAAUGCAUGCUUGGAAAAGAUAUUGAUGGAUCUUCUGAAGUUAGUUCCACUUCCAAAGAAUUUCAUGGGCAUUCCCACCAGUCUCAAAGUGAAGAUUACUUGAAUGAUCAUUUAACAGCUAAAUUAGGCCAGGUAGAUGGAACUGAAUCAACAGAUUUUCCUGAAAAAUGCUCAUGCAGUAGUCCUUCCAUUUCAAAGGAGGCUGUUCAUGAAAGCUGGCCAACAUACCGGAAAAAUCUUCGAAAAGUCUUUUUUAAGAGAGAGAAGAAAACUCGAAGAAGAAAUGAUAACUUUGAAAGUGCACUUUUCAUUAUAAACACUGUUACAAAGGUUGAUGUGGCUUGGCAAGAUGGAAGAAAAGAAUAUGGGCUGCAAUCAACAUCAUUAAUUCCAAUAUCUACACCAAAUGAUAAUGAAUUUUUUCCUGAGCAGUAUGUGGUUGAAAAGGCAUCAAAUGAAGAAGAUGGUUCUUUUGAAGUUUGUCGCACAGGAGUAGUAAGAACUGUGAAUUCUCAGGAGCGAACUGUAUGCGUAAGAUGGCUUAAACCUGUAAGCAGGCCAGAAGAUUUAAAAGAGUUUAUGUGUGAAGAAAUUGUUAGUGCUUAUGAACUUGAUCCUCAUCCAGAUUAUGAUUACUGCUAUGGUGAUGUUGUUGUAUGCUUGCCCACAACUUCUGAUGAUUCAACAAAAUUUGAAAUUCCUAUCAAGGCAGAUGGAAAUCAACUUGAUACAGAAGUGAUAUCCGCUGAUUCAAAGAAAGAAUACAAAGGUGCUGACAAAGAUACUCUGGUCCAAAAUUAUGAUGUUUGUGAAAACGUACGAAGUCUAUCAUGGGUUGGAACUGUAAUUGGUCUCCAAGAUGGUGACAUUGAAGUUAACUGGGCUGAUGGGACGAUCUCAAAGGUAGGUCCUCAGGAAGUUUAUGUUGUUGAUGGAGAUGAUGAUGAAGUUAGUGAUGACGGUGCCAGUUGGGAAACAGUUGAUGAAAAUGAGAUGGAUGUACUUGAUGGCAUUGAAAAGGAAGCUGAUCUACAUGAUCAUAGUGACAACACUAUCCAAAAAGGCAAGAGAUCUGAAACAUCACAAGAAGAUAUUACCGGUGGACGAAGUGGGCCACUCGCAGUACCUCUUACUGCUCUUGAUUUUGUGACAAAAUUUGCUACUGGGCUAUUUUUUCGAGCUAAAAAACAAUUGAACGCAUUGGGUUCAGAUCAAAUUGGAGGAAAUAAUGCAGAAUGUGAAAUGGAUCUUGCUGCUUCUGAAAGCAUAGUAGAUGUGGAGGAUGAGAAUAAAGUUUCUGAUGUUUCUGACUAUAAUAUUACUCAAAGCACACAUCAGAAUUCAGAAUUAAUGAAUAAUCAAGAGGCAACAACUGAGAAUGUGGAAAUAAAUAUUCAUUACCCUUCGGUUCAACCAGCAUCAAUAGGACCAGAUAUUGGCAGUAGAACAUCAUAUGAUAUGGAUGACCCAUAUAAUUUCAAGCACUUUGAUGUUGCUGAGAAUCCUUCCGACCAUCAUUAUCUUGGUGAUGCUGAAAAGUGUAGUGGUCAAAGGAAGUGGGUUAAAAAGGUUCAGCAAGAAUGGAGUAUUCUCGAAAAGAACUUACCUGAUGCUAUUUAUGUUCGAGUAUUUGAGGACCACAUAGAUCUAAUGAGAGCUGUGAUAGUUGGAGCCAGUGGAACACCAUAUCAUGAUGGUCUCUUCUUCUUUGAUUUUCAUCUCCCUCCAGAAUAUCCUGAAGUUCCACCGUCUGUAUAUUACCAUUCUGGUGGCUUGCGGAUAAACCCAAAUUUAUAUGUGGAUGGAAAGGUUUGCUUAAGCCUGUUAAAUACAUGGACAGGCAAGGGAAAUGAAGUUUGGGAUUCAUCAGCUUCCAGCAUCCUCCAAGUCCUAAUUUCAUUACAGGGGUUGGUUCUCAAUGACAAGCCGUACUUUAAUGAAGCUGGUUAUGAAAAGCAGAUUGGAACGGUUGAAGGGGAGAAGAAUGUCAUACCAUACAAUGAGAACACGUACCUAAUGAACUUGAAAUCAAUGAUGUAUCUUUUGAGAAGACCACCCAUGCAUUUUGAAGACUUUGUUAAGGAUCACUUCCGCAGACACGGAUAUUACAUUCUUAAAGCUUGUGAGGCUUACAUGGCAGGAUCCAUGAUCGGCUCCCUUACUACUGAUGGAUGCCCGACAGAAAAGAGCCAGGAGCAUUCUUGUUCAGUAGGUUUCAAGUUGACACUCGCAAAAAUCUUGCAGCGGCUGAUACUUGCAUUCGAUGAAGUAGGAAUUGAUCGCUGCCAAUUCAAGCAUCUACUCAAAUCUGAAAACCCUCCAGAAAGUUAAACAGCCCGAUGAUCUUUUUCUUUUGUGGUUCGUUUUGACAGUAUAUGUGGUCAUGGCUCCAUUUCAAGGGAACAAUUGGCGUCUAACUUGAAGAUUGUUCCAUAAACCAUUUAGGAAACAAAUUGGCAGAUGCGAACAUCUUUUGUUUUUGUUUUUUUUUUGCCAAAACACUGCUGUUCAUUUACAAAAAUAUAGAUAGAGCCUUAUAUAGAAUAUAUACUCGAUUCCUUCAUACUCGCAACACUAACAAUCAUAUACCUAGUGAUUAAUUGAUAUUGGCUCAGUUUCGCAGAGUUCAAUUUCUGAGUAUGCUAAAAAUUUGUAUGGAACUGUAAAUGUGAUUCUCUUAAGAAGAUGGCAGUUGACAGAUUUUUUUUGUCGUAAA